CUUUCUUGUUGAUAAAGUAUUCAUUGGAUUUUUAGGGACUCAUUUACAAUUAUUGAUUUAGGAUAUGAAUCUAUGCCUUAAGAUUAAAGCAAAAAAUAUAUAUAUAUAUUCUUUAAAAUGUUAAAGUUUUCUAAAAGAUGGAUAAGUGGUUUAAAGCGUUGAUCGUAGCUUCUAGAAAUAAUUACCUUUCAAUGACUAACUUUUCACUAUCAUCGACUGUUUUAAGAUCAUAAAUAUUUAUAAAUGUAUUAAAGGGCCUCGCAAUAAAAGCUUUCAAAGUGCAAUCUUAAAUAGAUAAGCAAGCUAUAUAAUGUUAUUCCCCUUAAUACAUUUCACUUCAAUUAAAACAAAAGCUUUUGUUUGACUUCAUUAGUGAACAGUUCUUAAAACGAAACGAUUCAGUUUUUGAACCUACACAAAAGUUAUUGAAGAAAUCUUUUAACUAAAACCAGAAAGUUAACGCGUGUGAUUAAAAAUAACUAUAAUUUUUCUUACGCGGAAGUGGAAAAGUUAAAACCAAGCCUAAAGAAUGCACACCAACGUGAAUUUGGAACUGUUAGAUCAGCAGCUGUCGCAAAUCGCCUGCUACGCCGAUCUGCACCUGAAACGCAAGAAAACUACCAGUUUCCUCUUGGGCCAAGCGGAGCCGGUGACCAACGAUGUCAAGGCCAAGCAGGUGGACCCCCUGACCAAGCAAAAGCUACUCCUGGCGCUGAUGCACCAGCUGCCGUACUUUCCGCCCUGCCCUGAAAUGAUGGAGGCCCUCGCCUCUGAAUUCACCGAUUCAGAUUUGACUUCCAAGAAUGCCAUUUUCGCGGAAUACCUGAGCACACGGUGCCUGGAGUUCUACAAUGUGUGCUCCGUGAUGCGGACACUGCUGGAGAUUGAGGACCUCUCCACCAUGCAGCUUUAUGCACAGCUAAUGCAAAAGGAUGUGGCCGUGCAGAGGGUUUCCAAAUAUAGGUACAAGGUGGCCCUUGCCCACACGGCAGUCAAUGCUGAGGACGUGGUUGCCCCCAAUCUGGACGAUGUUGUGCUGGUGCCCAAGAGCAGCCUGGCAGCUUCUGUGCUGCCCAAGCAGCCAAUACUGGCUUUGCAGCCGCACGCGCACGAAUUUCUACCUUCGAAGGAUCCGAUGCGCCGGUAUGUGGGCUCAGUGGAACAGGUGGCACGCACCUGUGUCCACUUCCGUUUCAGCCGCGAAAACUUCCCGGGAGAUGACUACCUGAUGAGCCAGCGCUUCCAUGUGAUCCUACGCUCCAGACGCAUACCCUUCCGCUACAUGUACCGUGCUCUCAAAGUGCUCCAGGAGAUGCCAGCGGUGCGUCGUUACCUCUAUCCCUUUCCCGGAUGGAUGACCGAAAUGCUGAGCAAGUCGAUGAUUCAGUUUCGGAAUGGCGAAUGCCUGCCCAGCUGGAUGCGGGUGCAGCCUCCGGCUCUGCCCAGACCAGCGGUGGCUCUUUCCUUGUUAAAUCCGACCAUUUAUUCCAAUGCCGAGCAGUUGCAGGCGGUCCAGAGGAUUGUGGCAGGGCCCAAUCCGAAUGGACCUUACAUCGUAUUCGGACCACCAGGCACUGGUAAAACCACAACCAUUGUGGAGGCCAUUCUACAGCUGCGCCUUCACCAACCGCGAAGCCGCAUCCUUGUUACCGCCGGUUCGAACUCCGCCUGCGACACGAUCGCCCUGAAGUUGUGCGAGUAUAUCCAGAGCAACGUCCGCCUGCGUGAGGCCUUUGCCCAACAGGAUAAGCCCUCGGCGAAUCACCAGCUGAUCCGCGUUUACUCCCGUUCCAUCCACCGCAAAGGACUCGCGUCUGUCCCGGCGCUGCUCCUGAAGAAUUCCAACUGCUCGAAGCUUGGUUACGAGCACCUUGGAGUUUCACACAUACUCGAGUAUGGCAUUACGGUGGCCACUCUCUGUACCGUGGGACGCUUUGUCUGCGACAAUCUCGGCAAGCACAAUCAUUUCACCCACAUUUUCAUCGACGAAGCCGGUGCGUCCACGGAGCCAGAGACCUUGAUCGGGAUCAUGGGUGUGAAGCAAAGCGCUGACUGUCACGUCAUCCUGUCCGGUGACCACAAGCAGCUGGGUGCCGUGAUCAAGAGCAAUCGGGCGGCAUCCUUGGGCUUAAGCCAUUCCCUGAUGGAGCGCCUCUUGCGUUCCGAAUCCUACAAGCUGGAUGGCAACGGAAACUAUGAUCGCACUCUGCAGACGCGCCUGCGUCAGAACUACCGAUCCCAUCCGCAGAUCGUGCGCCUGUUCAACGAAUUGUACUACAACGGCGAACUGAUUGCCAAGGCUCCAGCCUCGGAGGUUAACCACGCGGCCAACUGGAAGCUCCUGCCCAACGGGGCCUUCCCGAUCAUCUUCCAGGCCACGCAUGGAGUGACCAAGAGGGAGGAACACUCAACCAGCUCGUUCAAUCACCUGGAGGCGCAGGUCGUCUGCUGGUAUGUGAAACGACUGCUCCAAGAUGGCUUGGGCAGGGGAAGAAUGGUAAACCAGUCGGACAUAGGCAUAGUUGCUCCGUACACGGCCCAGGGUAAGGUAAUAACCCAACUGCUGCACAGCCAGGGUCACGACAACGUGGAGGUGGGCAGCGUGGAGAACUAUCAGGGCCGCGAGAAGCCCAUCAUUAUUGCCAGCCUGGUGCGCUCUUUCGCCAAUAUGGGUUUCAUGCGAAAUCCUCGCAGGGUUAAUGUCCUCCUGUCGCGACCUAAAUCCUUGCUAAUACUAGUGGGCAAUCCGGUCACCCUGCGCCAUCACAAGGACUUUAAGUUGAUCAUCAAGGAGUGUAAGCGUCAAGGCACAUAUCUGUUCAAGAAGAAGGAUUCCCAGCAGAGGCCACAGUUCCUGCCGGACAUCGAGGAGGAAGAAUCAUCCGACGAGGACACGAGCAGUGACCUGGAAGCCGAGGACGAGCGCACACCAUGGUUUGCCAAGAUGCCGCUGGACAUUAGUGUGCGCGGGGAUACAAUUGAGGAGCUGUCGACCGAAGAAGAAGGCAGCUCCGAGGAAGCUUCUUGCACAACAGACUCAUCCAGGUGCAGUUCCGAGGGUCUACAAGCAAGUAUGCUUGCCAAUAUGCAAGAACUGGAGCAGAAAAUUGCUCGCCUAUCCAUGAGGCUGGGAGGCUUCUCAAAGUCUAUAAGACACUGAGUUUGGAGAUAAAGUUUAAGCCAAGACGUAUGUGACUAGUGAGUAAGGACAGGCCUCCAGGGCUGGGAUAUAAACCUCUAGAAGAGAACCAAAAUCUAAUUUUGAAUCUGUAGAACAGGAAAACAGGAGUUUCUUGCAUUUUUUUUUUUACUUAUACAUUAUAUUAAGAUAUCAUUAACCAUAUGUUCGAUGAGGUUCGUUACCAUAUCAUGGGGCUGUGAACGAAAGAAAAAAGAGAAAGAUAUUCGGUAUAAGAAGUGGACUAAUCAAAGAGAUCCUACAAGGGUUAAGGAACCAACUGGGACGUUUUAAACGAAAUGUUUUAUAUUCGUAUAUAUAUAUAUUUAAGCAGUGUCUAUAUAAUUAGUAAAACGUUUACAAAAUACAAAUACAAUGGAGUUUGCUGCGUUAGGUUUUCGAAAAAAUGUGUUUAAAAAUAGUUUCGUUUUUGCAUAUUAUGUAAUCCAUUUUUUUCCCCACGCUUUCUCGAUGAAAUUCGUUCAGUCUUUGUUAUUAAUCAACAACUUUGUUAAAGUGUUUCAAAUUGUUUGCGUCGUUUGUUCGCUAUUUUUUUGUUUUUUUUUGUGUAUUAAGUUACUUCCUUUCCAAAGAAGUGGAAGAAUUUCUUUUCGUUUGUUUUUUUGCCAAUUCUAAAUGUGAAAUUAAUGCCAAGUUUAGUUGAUUAAAGUUUUGUUCGAUUUAAAAAAAAGAAA